GCUAAGGGGCGGGCGCCGCGCGCGGACGGACGGGCGCAGACUGCUGGGACGGCGCUGGGCUGCGACGAUGGCGACCGCGAUGGCAGCGACCGCCGCGGAGCGGGCUGUGUUGGAGGAGGAGUUCCGCUGGCUGCUGCACGCCGAGGUGCACGCCGUGCUGAGACAGCUGCAGGACAUCCUCAAGGAGGCAUCUCUGCGCUUCGCUCUGCCAGGCUCAGGCACCGAGGGGCCCGCCAAGCAGGAGAACUUCAUCCUGGGCAGCUGUGGCACAGACCAGGUGAAGGGCGUGCUGACUCUGCAAGGGGACGCCCUCAGCCAGGCGGAUGUGAACCUGAAGAUGCCACGGAACAACCAGCUGCUGCAUUUUGCCUUCCGGGAGGACAAGCAGUGGAAGCUACAGCAGAUCCAGGACGCCAGGAACCAUGUGAGCCAAGCCAUUUACCUCCUCGCCAACCGGGACGAAAGCUACCAGUUCAAGACGGGUGCUGAGGUCCUCAAGCUCAUGGACGCAGUGAUGCUGCAGCUUACCAGGGCCCGCAACCGGCUCACCACCCCAGCCACCCUCACGCUGCCUGAAAUUGCGGCCAGUGGCCUCACGCGGAUGUUCGCCCCCACGCUGCCCUCUGACCUGCUGGUGAAUGUCUACAUCAACCUCAACAAGCUCUGCCUCACUGUGUACCAGCUGCACGCACUGCAGCCCACCUCCACCAAGAACUUCCGCCCGGCUGGAGGCGCGCUGCUGCACAGCCCUGGAGCCAUGUUCGAGUGGGGCGCACAGCGGCUGGAGGUGAGCCACGUGCACAAGGUGGAGUGCGUGAUCCCCUGGCUCAACGACGCCCUGGUGUACUUCACAGUCUCCCUGCAGCUCUGCCAGCAGCUCAAGGACAAGAUCUCAGUGUUCUCCAGCCACUGGACCUACAGACCCUUCUGAGCAGGGCGACAGAGCCUGUGUCUCGGGAGGGCGGCCUGCUGUGUUCUCCCCCACUCCGUGGUGCCGCGCAGCCAGGCACAUGGGCUGUUUCUCUCCGUCUGCACACACCCGCCACACUUUGCACUGCUGGAAUGGCCACUGGAGGCGCGGGAAGGAAGAGAUGCUGGUUUGGUGUUUGUUGUCGGGGGAGACAGGGCUGAGGCGUGGCCACGCUCCUACCCCUGCCUUCCCAGGACCUUGGACUCAGGGUGGGGCCAGGCCCAGGGUUUUCCUUCCUCUGUGGCCACAGAUGCACCCAGGGUGUCCAGCUCCUGCUGGAAGGUAUGGGGCGGGUAGUGACAUUGAACCUGGGGUUGGGAGGGAGGGAA